AUGGUUGAGAUAUCCGGACGUUGUAAAGCUUUCUCCCUGUGCUUCUUGAUUGAGAACAUCAUUGUCAGUCUAGACUUGACAGAAGGCCUUGGUGUCUUGAGUCAUAGGUAUUCUCUCCUGUGGAAAGGGGUUGCAGGGAGCAUUGAUCAUCUCUUUCUUCAUUGUCCAGUGGCUUUGAGAUUGACUUGGAUGCUCCCCUUCUUAUGUUUAAAUGUUGAAGUUGAUCGGAUACUAGAGAUUGCCUGUAUAAUUACUGAUGGAAAAUUAACCAAAUCAGUAGAGGGCCCUGAUUUGGUUAUUCAUCAAACUAAGGAGUGUUUAGAUAGGAUGGGAGAAUGGUGUCAAAGUCAUCAUAAAGCUAGUGGGUUGACAAAAAAGGUGCUCGAAAGUACAGUCAGUGAAAGAGAAGCUGAAAAGCAGGUCAUAGAAUUUGUAAAGAGAAACGUAGGAACAUAUACACCUCAGUUAGCAGGCAAUUCAGUUUAUGUGGAUUUUGCAUUUUUAAAGAAAUACAUGCCAGAUUUGGCUAACCUUUUCUCCCAUGUAAUAGUGGAUGUUAGCAGUGUUAAAGCUUUAUGCAUUCGCUGGUAUCCUAGAGGUAAAAAUUCUUACACUACCUGGUUAAUCCUGUAG